AUGGCCGUAGAGGAGGUGCAGCACGUCGAGAUCGACGGCGGCUACGGCUGGGUGGUGGCGUUCGGCGCUUUCCUCGCCAACUUCUGCAUCGCCGGCACCAUCAAGUCGUACGGUCUGUUGAACCUGAUGGUCAUCGAGACGUUCGCCAUCAGCGCCGCGCAGGCGGCUGUGGUACCCGGGCUCCUGCUCACCAUCAGUCUGCUCAUAUCCCCGGUGGUUGGCGCUCUGUGUGAAAGAUUCACCUGCAGAAAAGUAGUUACAGCCGGUGGAAUCUUUUGUUUUCUGGGCUUUGCGCUUGGCUCAUUAGCGACUAGCAUCACGCAUCUUUGUUUGACGGUUGGAGUGCUUGCAGGCAUCGGCACCGGGUGCGCCACCACACCCGGCAUUCUGAUCACCACGCGCUACUUCCCGACGCGGCGCUCGAUGGUCAACGGACUCGUGCUGGCCGGCAACGCGGCCGGCGGGUUCGCGUUGCCGCCGCUCUUCCAGUACCUGCUGGCCGAGCUGGGCGUGCGCGGCACGCUGCUGGUGAUCGCCGCGCUCUGUCUGCACGUGGUGGCCGGUGCGGCGCUCUCGCGGCCCAUCGCCGUGCACGAGGCGAUACUACGCCGGCGGCGGCGGCGGCGUCUCGGCGCCGUCCUCGCCGAGGUGGCGAGCGAGUUCGGCAGCGGCCUGGGGAAGCGGCCGCCGAGCGAGCUGCGGCGGGCCAGCCUACGACCGGGCACGCACAUGGUACCCGUGGUGCGGCCCGGGCCCGAUGGCCAGCCCACACGGCUGCUGAUGCAGGUGCCAGCGCGCCUGCGCACCAGCAGUCUCAUGCUCAGCACCACGGACGUCACCACUGACGCCACGUCCCAGUUCAACGACGACAUCCGGCGCCUGCGCGAGGCGGAGGGCUCGUGCGCGCCGCACCUGUACCGCCGCGUGCGCCGCUACCUCGACCUCGAUCUGCUCAAAAACCCGUUGUUCCUGCUGGUGGCGCUGUCGGUAUUCUUCAUGGCGGCCGGCGCGCCCUACGCCCUGCUUCAGAUGCCCGUAUUCGGCGUGUCGCGCGGCCUGACGCGUGCUCAGACGGCGGAGAUCCUCAGCAUCGUGUCGGCCGUCGACCUGGCGAGCCGACUCUGCUUCGGCUGGCUCUUCGACCAGAACCUGUUCCGCAGGCAGCACGCCUUCGCUAUCAGCCAGCUGCUGGGCGGCGUGUCGGUGCUGGCGCUGCCAUUCGUCCAGAGCUACGCGGCCAUCCUGGCGCUGUUCAUCGUGUACUCAGUCGGCAUCGGCACCUGGUUCGUCAACCUGGCACCCGUGUUGGCCGACCACCACGGCAUCGACAGGAUCGCUUCCACCUACGGCCUGGUGCGCAUGUUCCACGGCCUCUCCACGCUCGCCAUGCCCCCCGUCUUCGGUGUGAUCGUGGACCGCACGGGGGACUAUGGCAGCCAGUUUUUCGCCAUCGGCUCGUCCAUGAUCCUGGGAGGCGUGCUGGUGCUGGUCGUUGGUGUGACGAGGCUGGAGAAGGAGUACGGCACGCUGGAGACGCCGCCGGAGCAGCAGCCGGACUGCGACGAGUGAGCGCCGCUCCUCUCGGCAGAGAGUUACUGGAGCUUUGGCAGAGUCCGGAGCCCGGAGCUCAGAGCGCAACGGUGGCCGUACCGGGAGCGAGUGGAGGCCCUCUGCCCUCCCCCCUCCCAGAGGCCCUCUGGGCAUGAUUGGAGACACCGCUGAGAGAUGGUCUUGGUAAGACAAACGCCACUUGGGGCAGUCGCAGUGGCGCGGGAUAUCAGGGCGAUCGCCGGACCACCAACGACCCUUGCACCCGAAAUUUGGAGGAUUUAUACAUGCCGCAAAGCUUUCUGUUGGAGAAUCCGUGACCCGCAUUCGUAAAGAUGUCGGAUUUGGAUGGACAUCCGUUGUUAACAGAAGCUAUGUCUGGCGGCGCGAUCAAAGCUGCUAACAUAAGUGGUGUACGUCAUGAGCACUGGUGCCCCGGAAGUCGCCUAAGUCUGUGAAGCGUGGCAUCAAGAGCAGACGGCGAUCAGCUCAUGUUCACUGAUCCGAUAGGCAAGACUCCGAAACGUACCGGUACAUGGCUGCAGCAUCAGCAUUCAAUGAGAAACUAUUGUUAUGAUUCGCUUUGAUCAGCGCUGUGGUCGUCACAGUUAAAGCGAUUUCGCCGCUGACGUGUGCAUCGCAUUAUGCAAUGUGUA